AAAUUUUGUUGCUGAACCUGACACUGUUACAAUGGAGGUGGGGCCAAAAAAGGUGUCUUAUCGGUAAAAUCUGUAUAUGAUCAUUUGACCAGAGCUGAUGCUGGCUUGGCCUAUAAACAUAUAUGGAAAGCAAAGAUUCCUCAUAAAUUUUUUUUGUUUGGCCUUUGGAGAAUGAAGCUGAUCUCACAAAAGGGGGAUCCAAAAUGUUGUUUUUGUGAUCAAGCUGAAGUACCCCCCAUCUCUUUUUGGAUUGCCCAGUUACUAGGGUUGCUUGGGAAAUCGUGGGGGGCUGUUUUGGCGCCAAUAACAGACCCAACAGAUUAUCCCAAUACUGGCGAUGGAUCCAAAAUUGGUUGCCUGCUGGAGGUGUUGUGUACACAUUAGGGCAGUCUGCUGUGUGUUGGCCAAUUUGGAAAGCCUGGAACAAAGCCUGUUUUGAAAAGAAACUUAUUCGGCACCCAGGGGAAAUAAUCUGUCAUACUUGCUCCUUCAUGUAAUAUUGGUUAGGUUUGUAUGGCGGUGAACUUUUGGGAAAGAUCUUGGAAGGCGUAAAGAUCAUGCUGCAGGCUGCUUGCAAAGCGAUCGUCCAUCAGCCGUCACCUCCAAGGAUGCUACCAGACACAGACGCGGGACCAGGGUAGGACGAUGGUGACGAUGAAUGGACAAGAAGCUUCAUUUCUAUCUUUUCUGCCUCAUUUGCAUAUUAUUUUGGGAGCUUGUAUUGGAUGUUAUCUGCACCGUACUUUUUCCUAGGCUUGUUUGCUUGAAGCAGGUAGAUAGGCUUAGGUUCAUCGAUUCUGUCUUGCUACGCUGUUUCCUCCAUAACCUCUUCUGAUCCUCAAGACAUUGUAUUUCCGUUUCGUUUGGAAAUGGAAAUGGGGCAAGCCUCGAUUCGAAAAACUUUGCCUCCCGUCCACUUCUGGUGUUCUAGUUGUUGAAUUGCAUGCAGUUUUUUUCGUAUAUUUUACCAUUCCAUCUAUGUUCGUUGCUUCUGUGUGAGGGGAAGGUACAGAAGCUCAAAUGGCCUCGUUCACUUGCUGAAGCAAUUCUUUCCUCCAUAUCCCAAGUCAAGAAUGCCCAAAGGAAGGUCCGAAGGUGGAUUCUUCUCAGUUUAUCGCACUCUUUAAUUGAGCUCUGUCUGUUGUCGUCUCUUCCCAACCUGUCUCGCACGCUCUUCCGCGCUGCAUCAAUGGCUGAGAAGGAAGAAUGCAAGCUCCUCCUUGAGCAAGCCAGUAAGGAAGCUGGCGAUCCACCACACGAAGAGGAAGAUGACUGCGACGACGACGACGAUAACUCGAGCUUCAUCUUGGUCCUCAACCUCAUCCUCGGCGGCACGGCCCGCCUCAACGUCCUCCUCCCCACGGCCACCAUCCUCGCCUUCGCCAUCUUCGCCCCUCUCCUCACCGACGAUGGCAAGUGCGCCCGGCUGAACCGCAUCCUGACCGCGGCCUUCAUCGUCCUCUGCGCCGCCUCGUGCGUCUUCUUCACGCUCACCGACAGCUUCCGCUCCGCCUCGGGCCGCCUCCGGUACGGCGUCGCCACCCCGACGGGCAUCCGCACGUUCUGCGGCAGCAGCCACCGGAGGAAGGGGCCGAGGGAGCCGGAGAAGUACAGGCUGCGGUGGUCGGACAUCUUCCACUCCACGCUAGCGCUUGUUGCGUUCGUGACCUUCGCCGCCUCGCACCAUGACAUCGUCCUGUGCUACUACCCCGGGGUGGCCCGGAAGGUCGUCAACACCGUGCCGCUCGUGAUCGGGUUCGUGGUGAGCCUGCUCUUCGUGCUGUUCCCUUCCAAGAGGAGAGGGAUCGGGUACCCCUUCCUGCUUCGCACCGAUCUCGUGUACCUACGGCGCUGAAAGCUGGAUCGGAAGGGAAGUGCAUGCGCCUGUGGCUGAACCGCAUCCAAACCGAGGCCUGAAUUCUGAGAAGUCGAUCUCUGUGUAAUUGUUUGAAGUUUGAAAACAUGAUGCAACCAUGAUUUGUUGAAUUCAUAUAUAUGUGGAAUUUUU